GACGUCUGGCUGCACGUUUCAGUUAAGAGCCUUUGGGGGGGGAGAGAGAGAGAGAGAGAGAGAGAGAGAGAGAGGCGGUGGUUGUGGUUGUUGUCGUCGUCGUCAAUGGCAACCUCUUCGUCGUCUUUCCUCUCCAAUUCUCUCCAUCUUCCUCCGCUCCGCUUGUCCCCACACUCUCAGCCUCUGUCUCUCUCUUUAUCUCUCCGUUCCUUCGCAAAGCCUAGGAAGCUACGGGUCCUAAUAGUGGCCUCUUCUUCUUCCUCCUCCUCAGCCGCUUUCUUCGACGAUCUUAGCUCCAAACUCCCCUCGCGCCCUACCAAUUCCACCAAGAAAUCGGUUCUCUCAAACUUGAUACAAGAGAUAGAGCCAUUAGACGUGAGCCUUAUUCAGAAAGAAGUUCCACCGACGACAGUAGAUGCCAUGAAACGGACUAUAUCUGGCAUGUUGGGCUUACUUCCAUCUGACCAGUUUCAAGUUCUUAUUGAGGCCUUGUGGGAACCCCUCUCUAAGUUAUUGGUUUCCUCAAUGAUGACUGGAUAUACAUUGAGGAAUGCUGAAUAUAGACUUUGCCUCGAAAGAAACCUUGAUAUGCACGAAGGAAGUAUUGACAAACAAACACCAGAAAAUUCUAAACUUGAUUUACAAGGCUUGUUGCUUGACAGUGCGAGUAUAAUAAAAUUGUCUGGAGACCAUGAAUUGUCAUCCAAGUUUGAAAAUUUUACUGAUGAAUCAUCAGAGAAUGUUGAUAUUCAAGGCCUUGGUGAAAUCUCCCCUGAAGCUCAGCAAUAUAUUCUUCAUUUGCAGUCUUCUAUAUCUUCAGCCAAAAGGGAAAUUAAUGAAGUCAAGAGGAAAAGUGCUGCACUGCACAUGCAACAGUUUGUUGGGGAGGAAAAGAAUGAUUUGCUGGACUACUUGAGAUCUCUACAACCGGAAGAGGUAGCUGAGUUAUCAGAACCCACGUCUUCUGAAUUGAAAGAAAUAAUAAACUCUGUUGUACAUGGCCUUCUUGCUACCCUAUCUCCCAAGAUGCAUUCUAUGGCUCCUCCUCUAUCAGAGAAUUCCCCAACUGGAACGGUGAACCUAGGGAAUGAAGAUUGUGCUGAAUUUAUCGAAAAUACAUCGCUUCAAUUUCAGCCCCUCAUUUCUGUAACACGGGACUACUUGGCACGUCUCCUCUUCUGGUGCAUGCUGUUGGGACACUACCUCAGAGGACUGGAGUAUCGAAUGGAGCUGAUGGAACUCCUAUCCUUAACAAGCAAUGCUGAAAACGAUGCCUCUAGUGACGAGCAAGUUGGUGGAAAGUUCUUCAAUUAAACUGCUCCCAUCUGUAUAGACACGACUUUCACCAGCUUAUUUGAAAUGGAGAGAGUUCAGUUAUGUAUAAAACGGAUACGUGUUGGGUUUUUUGUUGAAAGUGUCUUUCAGAUUUCGUUGACGUUGUCUUUGUUGGUCACGAAUGCAGUGCAUGACUUCACCUUUUGGCUUUUUGUUAUUGACACUGAAUGUAUGGAACGCAGAUAAUAAGUAAAGAAAUCAUACGAAAAAAGAUUGCAAGGGAG